CACAGCCCUUGGAGUUCAGAGGCCUCUUCUGACCUCUGCCCAACCUCUCGCCCUCUGCACCCAAUACCCAACUAGUACAUACAGGAGCAGAGGCAGGCUAGGACCAGAGGAAAGAGGAGAGGGGGCUGAAGACAGACUUUGAGAGGGCUCAGAAACCCAGUGCACCCCCUGUCCCAGCCCUGUCCACCUGCUGCUGUGGCCACAGCGAGAGAAAAGACAGCUAGUAAGACAGGAAGUGAGGCCAGGUACCUUGUGGGCAGUGAUGUCAUUAGCUGCGACUCCUAAGAUGUCUCCAGAGAUGGGAGAGCUCACCCAAACCAGGUUGCAGAAGAUCUGGAUUCCACACAGCAGCGGCAGCAGCAGGCUGCAACGGAGAAGGGGCUCAUCCAUACCCCAGUUUACCAAUUCCCCCACAAUGGUGAUCAUGGUGGGUUUACCAGCUCGAGGCAAGACCUAUAUCUCCACGAAGCUCACACGAUAUCUCAACUGGAUAGGAACACCAACUAAAGUGUUUAAUUUAGGCCAGUAUCGACGAGAGGCAGUGAGCUACAAGAACUAUGAAUUCUUUCUUCCAGACAACAUGGAGGCCCUGCAAAUCAGGAAGCAGUGCGCUCUGGCAGCUCUGAAGGAUGUUCACAACUAUCUCAGCCAUGAGGAAGGUCAUGUUGCGGUUUUUGAUGCCACCAACACUACCAGAGAACGACGGUCACUGAUCCUGCAGUUUGCAAAAGAACAUGGUUACAAGGUGUUUUUCAUUGAGUCCAUUUGUAAUGACCCUGGCAUAAUUGCAGAAAACAUCAGGCAAGUGAAACUUGGCAGCCCUGAUUAUAUAGACUGUGACCGGGAAAAGGUUCUGGAAGACUUUCUAAAGAGAAUUGAGUGCUAUGAGGUCAACUACCAAUCCUUGGAUGAGGAACUGGACAGCCACCUGUCCUACAUCAAGAUCUUCGACGUGGGCACACGCUACAUGGUGAACCGAGUGCAGGAUCACAUCCAGAGCCGCACAGUCUACUACCUCAUGAAUAUCCACGUCACACCUCGCUCCAUCUACCUAUGCCGGCAUGGUGAGAGUGAACUCAACAUCAGAGGCCGCAUCGGAGGUGACUCUGGCCUCUCAGUUCGCGGCAAGCAGUAUGCCUAUGCCCUGGCCAACUUCAUUCAGUCCCAGGGCAUCAGCUCCCUGAAGGUAUGGACCAGUCACAUGAAGAGGACCAUCCAGACAGCUGAGGCCCUGGGUGUCCCCUAUGAGCAGUGGAAGGCCCUGAAUGAGAUUGAUGCGGGUGUCUGUGAGGAGAUGACCUAUGAAGAAAUCCAGGAACAUUACCCUGAAGAAUUUGCACUGCGAGACCAAGAUAAAUAUCGCUACCGCUAUCCCAAGGGAGAGUCCUAUGAGGAUCUGGUUCAGCGUCUGGAGCCAGUGAUAAUGGAGCUAGAACGACAGGAGAAUGUACUGGUGAUCUGCCACCAGGCUGUCAUGCGCUGCCUCCUGGCCUAUUUCCUGGAUAAAAGUUCAGAUGAGCUUCCAUAUCUCAAGUGCCCUCUGCACACAGUGCUCAAACUCACUCCUGUGGCUUAUGGCUGCAAAGUGGAAUCCAUCUACCUGAAUGUGGAGGCCGUGAACACACACCGGGAGAAGCCUGAGAAUGUGGACAUCACCCGGGAACCUGAGGAAGCCCUGGAUACUGUCCCAGCCCACUACUGAGCCCCUUCCAAGAAGCCAAACUGCCUGUGUCCUCAUCGCCUUCCACCUUUAGGAAAUGCUAUCCUUGCUCUUCUCCUACUCUGCCUUGGCCUCACUGAGGCACCCCACUUCCAGUGAAGAAGUCCUCCACAACUCCCAAACAAGCCUCGCUUACUGGCCGCAACCAAGGAGCUAUCUAGCUCUGGAGGAAACUUUCUUUCUUAAUUCCUAUUCUCUGACAAAUAAAGACUUAUUGCCUACAAGAGGAGAGGAGGAGGUCAUGGCGAGGCUUUUCCAAUUGUUCUCAAGGUACUGAUCCUAAUCCUGACCCAGCUCUGCUGCUGUAAGGGCAUGGAAUGGGUGAGGACUUCCUGGAGGGAAAAGUUCUACGGUAGCACCUCCAAAGAUGGGGGAGAAGAUAGGUGCCUGUGAGUUCCUGUGGGCCUUGUUCCAGCAAGGUGGC